AUGGAACAGGAAAGUUCGAAGCGGUUGUUCGGGUCAAAUGGUGGAAAAGUGGGUGGAACAGGUCACUGCAUCGGUCACUGCAUCGCCAACAUUAGCCAGCUGGGUCUAGUAACCAUGGCUGGGUCGGAUGUGAGUUUUGAGUGGGCCGUUCCGGAAUGCGUUCGGACAAGGUUCACGACCCGGCGUGACGUAACACAGCCGAGGAACGGUCGUUUGACCACUGUUCACCGGCCAGCUCUAGAUGGUGUGCUUCGUUACGUUGGUAACCACUUCAAUGCAUUUUACUCACGGAUGGAUUUCCGUCAUGUGGUGCCCGAAUUCUGUCCGGAGCUUGGUGCUCCGAAUUACAAAAAUCAAGCAUUAUCCCCACCAGAUGUCGACAAAAUGCGAACUAUGCACUGCUUGGAAAAGGAAACUAAAAUACGCCAACACCAACCUACACGGGCAAUGGUGCUGAGACAACGGUUAUCGGACACCCGAAGACGUCUCAGUUCCGCUGCUCGAAAUGAUCAAGUCACAAAACCAUACAACAAAACGACCAUCUCCAGACCAUUCUGCUUAACUAACGCAACACAGAAAAUUAGCCGGAGAUGUGGGAGUUUCAAUGGCUUUGACGAGGACAGCACGGAAGGAGAAAAGGUCGGUGCUGUAAUGGGAGGAUCAGGACGGCAACGUACUUCCUCAUCGAGCAAGACCGACCGGUCGAACGUCACGCAAGAAAAGGUCGACGUCAACAGCACUGCUGGUACGCUAUCCUACGGUAUUUUCUGGUUGUCCCAGGUUGGAUGUCUUCACCAGGAUUGGAAAAGUUUGGAAAAGUCUGGUUGGGAUAUCUAA